AAAGCACACAGUUGACUACUAAACUAAUCAACAUGAAGUUCCUGAUCAUCCUUACCCUGGCCGUGGCCGCUUCGGCUUUCCCCGAGUCUGAGCUGGUGCACCGCGACCGUGUGAUGCCUGUCCAGGACAGCAUUGAGGGUCGCAUCACCGGUGGAUCUACCGCUUCCGUCGGCCAGUUCCCCUACCAGGUCGGUCUUUCCCUGCGUGUGAGCGCUCUCUCCUCUGCCUGGUGCGGUGGUUCUCUGAUUGGCACCCAGUGGGUGUUGACCGCUGCUCACUGUACCGAUGGUAUUUCGUCUGUGACAGUCUACUUGGGCGCUACCGUUCGUACCUCCCCCGAGGUUUCAUCCACCGUUGCCUCUAGCCAAAUCAUCAUCCACUCUGGCUGGAACAGCAGCACCCUGAAGAACGAUAUCUCCCUGAUCAAGAUCCCCGCCGUUGCCUACACCACCAAGAUCCAGCCAGUUACCCUCCCCUCCGUUGCCUCCUCCUACUCCACCUAUGCCGGUGAGACUGUCGUCGCCUCCGGCUGGGGCCGCACCAGCGACUCUUCUAGCAGCGUUGCCACCAACCUGCAGUAUGUCGACUUGACCGUCAUCACCAACACCGUCUGCGCUGCCACCUACGGCACCUCCAUUGUCACCUCCUCCAACAUCUGUGUGUCCACCACCAACGGUAAGUCCACCUGCAACGGUGACUCCGGUGGCCCAUUGGUCCUUAAGAGCAACAACGUCCAGGUUGGUCUUACCUCUUUCGGUGCUGCUGCUGGUUGCCAGAAGGGCUACCCAGCUGCCUUCACCCGUACUACCAGCUACUUGGACUGGAUCAAGUCCAACACUGGCAUCUCCUACUAAAGACCAGGAACUUCUAACGCACAUAUAAAAUAAAAAAGCUUCUAACGAAA